GAAAUAGUGAAUGUAAGAGGUGCAAGGAGGUGGAAGAAGGGGGGGAGUAUGAGGAAGAUGAAGAAGAAGAAGAAGGAGGGUAAAAAGAAAGGGGGGAAAGGGGGAAGGGGGGAGGUGGCUAGCAUCCGCGUCCGGCUUGCUGGCGAUGGAAAUGAGGAAUUGAUGAGAAGGUAAGAGGCGACGAGGAAUGAGUGUCAAGGUGGCGGCGGGUGGACGUAAGGUGAGCUCUUUAAUUGAAUGUCAGGAGCUAAUGUGUAUGUCUGUGUGUUUGUGUGUUGGUCCAUCUGUCUCUUCGUCUUUCUGUCUUUCUGUUUGUGUGUGUAUGUGUCUGUGUAUGUGUGUGUCUACGUGUGUGUGUGUGUGUGUGUGUGUGUGUGCGUGUGCGUGCGCUGUGGAGUCUCACCCAGUAAGGCCGCCGUCACCUGCCAUCCGUAAGACCCCUCUCGUCGCGCCAGCCAGUGUGCCUUGAGCCGCCCUCGGGAGCGGACGCAUUGUGCUACCCGCCGCGGCCUCCUGAUUUCAAAGCGAGUAAGUCAUCUACGAUUCCACGAACCAGGGCUGCCACGAGUUCAGCACCCCUCUCUCCCCCAGUCACUACCGCAACCAAUACUACCACCUCGGCCUCCCUCCAUUUCACCAGCACGAACUUGAAGCAAAAAGCAGGAAGGGACAUCGACAGCCACAGUUCCCUUACCACAACGAGUGCAAACCCUCGACGCCACCACCACCACCACAGCCAACACAAACCAUUGUCGCAGGGAGUCACGCCGGCAACAUCCCUUCGUUCGGAGCCACGGCCGCGCAUACAGUUAACACUUUCCUUCCGUCCCAGGGAAAGUAAACGCCCCUCGUACUAAUAUUAAUAAAUUGUGCUCCCAAAAAUGUGUAAAAAAUUAGAUUGAUAAAAAAAGAAGGAAAAACAGGCUGGACACGCUCGAUAAGAAGCCAAUUUACGCAAGAGCCGUAAAAAGUGACCUAAUUUGUGGUGAGAGGGAAUUGUGUGCUGAGGGAGAGCAAUGGAGGGGAGGCGGAGGGGGACCAGCAGAGGCAGCACCAGCAAGGGGGCGGGAGUCGGGGAAACUUCCAAUGCGACCCAAAGAUAAAAAAGGAAAGGAAGAAACGAGACUUGGGGCGAUAUAAAAAGGGAAAAAAUAUUGCACCCUCGGAGGAAACGGCGACCCCAAAGAAAAAGACAAAAAAGUGGAAGUACUUAGAGAAUCGUCGAAAAGCAGGAGCAGCAGUAUAGAGCGCAAAGGCAGCGAGGAACGAUGAGCAAAGAGACGUGAGCGAAGCGAAGCGAGAAACUCCGGGGUGUUGGUGAACUGAAAAAUGGCCGAACAUUGUUGUGCAAAGACAGAUGACGCUGGAAAUAAAUAUAGACAAUGAAUCUAUCUUGCAUUCCAAUGGCGAGGAGGAAAUAUAUAUCCUCAAGUCAUUAGGGAACAAAGCCAUAAAAGUAAAAAUAAAACAAAAUGAAGAGCUAAUACUGCAGUAACUAUUGGAAACGUCAUUUUAUACCGUGAGUAGAUAGUUUUAGAUAGAUAAUUAGAUAGAUCAGACAAGACGCGAACGAAUGAAGACGACACAAAAGUCACAGAAGAGACAAAACCUCACGUAAUAUCAAUAAAGAAAAGCUGAAGUGAGAAACUAAAUACGUGUGCUGAAGAAUAUACGGGAAACGUCCAAGACAACGUUGAAGUGAGACCUCCUAUUGAGAGAAGCUGUCAUCACCACCACCACCACCAUCAACAACACCUCCACCACCGCCAUGACGUGCAGCAGCGGGGCCACACUCGCCCUCGCCCUCACCCUCGCUCUCCUGGUCACCCUCGUCCGCUUCACUGUCUGCCAAGAGGACCAUAUGUGGUCCGUGACGGGCGUGGCGGGGCGAGCCAGCGACCUGCCCUGCUACCUCAACCCUCGCACGCCGGGGGACAGACCCAAGUUGAUCCUGUGGUACAAGAGGGGAAUCCGCACGCCGGUCUUCAGCCACGACGGUCGAGUGCCGCAGAUGAGGUCAGACGUGAAGCAGAACGGGGGGACGCUGACCGUGAGCCGCGGCGCCGCGACCCUCACGCUACACAACCUGACGCUGACCCAAGGCGGCGUGUACGAGUGUCGGGUGGACUUCUUCAAGUCGCCCACACACACCAACUUUGUCAACCUCACCGUUGUGGAGUCGCCGAGCAGCGUUGAGGUGGUGGACAGUCGAGGCGGACGGGCGCGGGGCGGGGUGCUGGGGCCCUACCGUGAAGGCACCUCCCUCAGCCUCACCUGCAUGGCCAAAGGAGGUUCUCCGGUGCCUAACGUAACUUGGUGGCGGGAAGACCAACUCCUGAGCGAGAAGUGGCAGCUCAAGGCCCCGGACCUGGUGGAGAACGAGCUCUGGGUGGAGAAGCUGACGCGGGAGUGGAUCAACACCUCGCUCACCUGCGUGGCCGCCAACACUCACCUUGCCAACCCUGUGUCCGUCAGCGUCAAGAUGGACAUGUAUCUGUUACCAACGAGCGUGAUAGUGGUGAACCCCGGCCCGGCGCAGGAGGGGGACCAGGUGAGGCUGAUGUGUACCUCCACGGGAUCCCGGCCUUCCGCGACCCUUACCUGGACCGUGAGAGGAGUGACUCGCCCGGCUCAGAAGGAGAACCUGGUGUACGGCAAGAUGACCAGCUCGACGCUCAUCACCAACCUGACCCGCGAGGACCACAACACCACCGUCACCUGCUCCGCCACCAACCCCGCCGCCCCCGACGCGCCGCUGCACAACUCCACCACGCUGGUCGUUCAGUAUCCCCCCACGGUGAAAGCCUCGCUGGGUCGCUCUCUCAAGCCGGAGCUGCUGAAGGAGGGCGACGACGUGUACUUCACCUGCUCCGUGGCCGCCAACCCGCCCGCCUCCUCCAUCACCUGGUAUCACAAGGGCGUCCAGUUGGUGCAGAACGUCAGUGGCGGCGUCAUCCUCUCGGCGGACUCGCUGGUGCUGCAGGGCGUGGGGCGGCGGCAGGUGGGGCGCUACACGUGCUCCGCCACCAACACUCUCAGCUCCGCCACCAGCAACCCCGUCACCCUCAGGAUCAAGUACAAGCCGGUGUGCCAGACGUCCCCCACCACCUACUUCAUCUACGACAAGCCCAUCAACGUGACGUGCUCCGUGUCCUCGUACCCGCCCGUCAAGGCCAUCCAGUGGCAGUGGAACAGCAGCAACGACGUCCUGAGCACCGUGAUUACUGGCGAAGAGGACGAAGAGGAGGAGGAGCCGAAGGUGUGGGCGCAGCUGACGGUGGAGCCGACGCAGAGCCGGGAGGACCGAACACUGACCUGCUGGGCGGUCAACGAAAUGGGCAAGCAGAAAACUCCCUGCGGCUUCUCCGUCAAGGUCGCCCAGACGCCGCUGCCUCUAUCCUCGUGCCGCCUGGCCAACAUCACCGCCUCCUCCCUCAGCCUCACCUGCCAGCGCCCCGACGUGGACGCUGCCGGCACCACCGUCUACAGGGCUGAGGUGUACUUCGAGAACAGGACGCUCUUCGCCAACGUCACGUCCCUUCGCCCUAACUUCAACGUGAGCAGCCUGGACGCGGGCACCAGCUACCAGAUCAAGGUGUACGUGACCCACGGCCCCGUCACCUCGCAGCCCGUCGUUGUGUCCGCCUACACCUCCAGGUCCAUGACCCCGAAAGACUCCAGGGACGGCGGGACCUCGGUUGGGAAGGUGCUGGGCGGCCUGCUGCUGCUCCUGCUGGUGGUGGUGGCGGGGGCUUGGGUCCGGCACCUGCGGCGGCGGAGGACGGUGGCGGUGGGCGAGAGGAAAAAACAUGAAAUCAAGGUUCCUUCUGACGAGAUUAAUCCGGACGUGGUGCCGACCGCUGUGGAAGACACGUUUGACCUCCUCUCAGCCGGGGCAGCCAAGUCGGAGGUGCCCAUCCUGACGCCUGUGUACGAGGCUGUGGCCGCUACGCUGUCGGAAGGCAUGGCGCGGAAGUCCAUGGCGUCGGCCGAGGUGUAUCCUGCGGUACGGGGGGCGGCAGAGGGCCAGGGGCAUCGACGAGUCGCCUCCAGGGACUCAGACGCCGCCCUCCUCAUGCACCAAAAGGACUCCCUCGAGAGCCUGCAAGAUGCGAGGCUCCAGCAGAAGGGCUCCCCAGGCAGCUUCGCACGGGUGAGGCUACAGGAGGAGGCGAUGGACUUUGCUGGCGGCAGGCUAGACACGAGGCUGGGCCCCGACGACUUCCCGCGGGUGAGGCUGCACCACGGCACGGAGGACUACACGGGUGACUACAUGGAGAGGAGUCCGCUGCAAGGCGAGACUCCCGAGGACUUCCCAAUGCCGAGGCACACUGAGGUCACCUCCCCCGAGGACUACAGCACCGUCAGACUCCCAGGCGGGGCAACCGACGAGUACCGGGAGGAGGGCCGCGCUGAACUGUACUGCCCCGUGGACCAGCUCAUGCAGGCGGCGGAGACCGUGGUCUGAGUGGCCUGAGCGGCCCGCCUUCCGCCGCCCACCCACCCUCCGCGAGCGAACGGAGGAAUUCUGUCACUUAAAGGGCCUCAAGUUUGCAGACAAAUUGCAGAAAACAUCUGCUACCCUUCCCCUCCCGAACACUCCCGCCCUCUCCAACCCUCCCCGCUCAUACGUACCUGUUCCCCAUCCGCUCCUCCCUUCCAAUCCCUCCCCCUCAUUCCAUCUCCCUCCUCCUCCUCCUCCUUCCUCAAGUACCUCCCGCCCUCUCUCCCGUCAGCGUGCUCUGUAUUGCUUGCUGUCUUGGAAUAAAGCAUAUAUAUAUUUU